AUGGGCCCACUCCGCAAUUUGCCAUCGUUCUCGAAAGCCGCAGACCAAGCCGCUCCACUUCGACAUGGCUUUGACGUGACCGAGAAGGAAGUCCGCGUCGUGCUCCAGACGACGCUCAAGUACACGGGUGCCGAGCCCAAGACGGUGCUCAAGCUCAACUCGAAGGCGCUCGAGAUCACGCGCGUCGAGCGUCUCCACGCGUUUACGCCGCUGGGCGAGACCCGCGACUUUGUCUCGCACGUUGCGAGCUUUGGCUCGGCCGCGCCGCUCAACUACACGGUCGACACGGUCGACCACUUCUUGGUCAUCGACCUCGACACGCCUGUCAUGACGGGCGACGAGUUUGUCAUUCUCACCGAGUCGAUUGCGCGCCCGACCGAAAACAUCUUGGAAGGCUUGUACUACGACUUUACGCCGGAAGGCUGCCCGCGCACCAUCAUUACGCAGUGCCAGCAGUACGGCUUCCAGCGCAUCGUGCCGUGCAUUGACACGAUGGACGCCAAGGCGUACUACACGACGACGAUUGUCGCGGACAAGAACUACACCAACAUCAUCACCAACGGCGACCUCGCGCCCGGCUUCUCGACGCCGGACGGCAAGCCCGUGUACCACGAGGCGGUUGAGGUCUUGGGCCGCGAAGACGCGUCGCGCCACGCGCUCAAGUACCACAACCACACGGUCAACAUGGCGCCGUACCUCUUUUUCUUGGGCGUCGGCACGUACGUGACGUACCGCCGCACGCUCGAGUUCCCGGAUGGCGACACGACGCUUCUCGAGCUGCUUGCGUUCCCCAAGUCGGUCGAGCCCGAGGACGCCAAGCUCUCGGUCCAGAUGCUCCACGACUCGAUCCUCUGGGUCAUGAUGAGCUUGGGCCCCGAGGCGACGGACCACUGCGAAGAGCGCAAGGCCAUCUACGCGCUUCUGAACGAGCGUGAAGCGCUCAAGGCCAAGGCCGCGCCCUUGUGCAUUGGCACGGAGGAAGAGGCGCCGGCGCCGGUCGCGCUCUCGCCGGAGGACGCUGCGCGCUUGGCCGACGUCCGCGCGGAGCUCAAGCGCCUCCUCUCGGUGUGGACCAAGACGGGCUACAAGUACACGGGCCAGAUCUACCGCGAGAUCGGCAUGGAGAACUCCAACUACGGCGGUAUGGAGAACGUCGGCAACACCACGAUCGUGAGCUCGUGCUUGUGCCCGACGUGCCGCAUGGGCGACAUGUCGUACGAGUACAUGGAGCGCGUCAAGGUCCACGAGUACUACCACAACAUCAACGGCAGCGAGGUCACGGGCCAGUCGCCGUUCGAGAUCUGGCUCAACGAGGCCGUGACCGUGCACAUGGAGCGCAAGCGCCAUGCCGCGAUCUUUGGCCACGAGUACCACCGCCUCGGCGACGUCGCGCGCAUGUUUACGCCGGCGACCGGUCCGAUCGCGCUCGAUAAGGCCGCGACGUGCCUCAGUGUCGAGCCCGAAGGCUUCAACCAGACGCAGGAGCUUGUCUCGGCCGUCACGUACCAGAAGGCGCCCGAGAUCGUGCGCAUGGUGGAGCUCAUUCUUGGCUACAAGCAGUUCAACGUCGCGCUCGACAAGUACUACACCAAGUACCUCUACGGCAAUGCGACGACGGCCGACUGGUUUGGCUGCAUGGAAGAGGUCUCGGGCCUUGACUUGCACAACUUUUCGCGUCUCUGGCUCAAGCGCCCGGACCACCCGGAGGUCGCGUACUCGACGUUCUACGACGCGGACGCCCAGACGUACACGGUCAAGAUGACGCAGACGGGCUUUGAGCGCUUCGACGGCACGGACGUGGCCGGCCCGUGGGAGAUCCCGAUCGACUAUGCGCUCAUCACGGACGGCCAGGCCGUGCGCGAAGGCGUCUACUUGCUCAAGGAGGCGUCCGGCGAAAUCGUCUUGACGGACGUCGCGACCAAGCCCGACUACCUCUCGUUCGCGCGCGAGUGGUCGUUCUUUGGCACGAUCAAGCCGCUGAAUGUCUCGAGCGACUCGCUCAUCCAGCAGGCCAACACGGACCCGGACGCCGUCAACAAGUACUUUGCGUACCGCGCGGUCGCGGAUGCCGAGAAGGCGCGCGUGAUCGAGGCGCUUGUGCGCGGCGAGUCGGACGUGGUCAUUUCGCCCGCGUUCGCCGAGCUCCAUGCGUCGAUCCUCUUUGCGGAGGACCUCAACCCGGCCGUGCGCGCGCUCAUUUUGAACGAGAAGAACGCGAUCACGUCGCGCGCCGAUCUGAGCCACCACUACGAUCACAUUGCGACGGCGACGACCGCCCUCCUGCAGUCGAUCUGGUCCACGCACGCGUCAGCCAUCGUCGCCAAGCUCCACGAGCUCAUUAACGCGUCCGUGCCGGGCCCGCACAAGGACCAGCUCCUCCAGCGUGCGUUGAAGCGCCACUUGCUCACGCUCGUCGUCGCGGGCGCCAAGCCCCUCGUGCUUCCGACGCUCUUGCCGUCCGAGGUUGUCGUCGACACGCCCGCGCUCGCGCUCGAGAUGCUCAACAAGGCGACGUUCGUCACCGAUAAGGAAGCGGCGUUCCACAAGCUUAUGGAGAUGGAGUCGUACGAGGGCCGCGCCGCCGUUCAGGCGCGCAUUGCGGCCGAGUGGUCGGCGACGCCCGAGAUGCUCGAGAGCUACAUUGCGUCGAUCUCGUCGCUGAGCGUCUCGGACUUUGCGACGCAGGUCCGCGCGCUCAUGGCGCAGCCGUACUUCAACAUCAACCAGACGCACCACUCGCGCACGCUGGCGCGUGGCUUGACGCAGAUCCGCGAGCGCACGGUCUUGACGCAGGAGGGCCGCGACCUCAUGAUCGAAGUCUUCACGCGCAUCGGCAAGGUCAACCAGACGUCGGCGUACCCGAUCCUCAAGUGCUUUGACCAAAUCGACUCGUUCUCGGGCGAGACGCACGCGACGCUCGUCGCGACGCUCCAGGCGAUGCAGGACUCGAUCGACAAGGUCCACGAAGAAUCGCUCUUCAACCAGCUCAACAUUAUGCUCAAGAAGGCCUAA